GCGGGUCCCGCCGCCGCUGGAGUAUGGAGGACCCGGACUGCGACUCGACCUGGGAGGAGGACGAGGAGGAGGACGGCGAGGGCCCGGGGGCCGGGGCCGACGAGGAUGGCGAGGCCGGCGCUCCGGGGGACGUGGAGGCCGAGGCGGACCCGCGGCCCAGCGCGUUCCAGCUCAAGGUGACAGGGUCCCGAAACUGGCGAGCAGUGCGGGACACACGCAGGUACCGGCACCACUACCCGGAUUUGGUGGAAGAAGAUGGCAAUGGUGACAUGCCCAACCUGAGUUUCUACAAAAACGAGAUUCGGUUCCUGCCUAACGGCUGUUUCAUUGAGGACAUUCUUCAGAACUGGAAGGAAGAGUACGACCUCCUGGAGGACAAUCACUCCUACAUCCAGUGGCUGUUUCCCCUGCGGGAGCCAGGAGUAAACUGUCACGCCAAGCCCCUCACGCUCCAAGAGGUCGAGGCGUUUAAAAGCUCCACAGAGGUCAGGAAGCGGUUGGUCCAGGCCUACGAGCUCAUGCUGGGCUUCUUCGGAAUCCAGCUCAAGGACCGAGACACGGGCCGGGUGUGCCGAGCACAGAACUACCAGAAGCGCUUCCAGAACCUCAACUGGCACAGCCACAACAACCUCCGCAUCACCCGCAUCCUCAAGUCUCUGGGGGAGCUGGGCCUGGAGCACUACCAGGCGCCCCUGGCCCGCUUCUUCCUGGAGGAGACGCUGGUGCGCCGGCAGCUGCCGGGCGUCCGGCACAGCGCCCUGGAUUACUUUGUGUUCACCGUGCGGUGCCGGCACCAGCGCCGUGAGCUGCUGUACUUCGCCUGGGAGCACUUCCGGCCCCGCUACAGGUUCGUCUGGGGGCCCCACGACAAGCUGCAGAAGUUCAGGCCGUGCUCUCCUCCCUGCUCGCCCCGGCCGGCCCGCCCAAGGCAGGCCGAUGGGGAGGAGAGCCCUGGGGACCCCCUCCUUGAGGCCGGAGCCCAGGGGCAGACCUGCGGGCCAGGGAGGCAUGAGGAGGGGGACCCGGUGGCCCAGGGUCCCCAGCCUCCCGGCACAGAGCCCCAGGAAGCUGGAGCCUUGGAGAAGGACCAGGGAGAUGAGGCCGGCGAGGAGCAGGGACCAGAGUCUCCAAACCCCAAGGAGAGCAAGAAGAGGAAGUUGGAGGCGAAUCUGCGGGAGCGGGCCCCAGGGGAGCCGGGCCCGAGCGCCUCGGAGGUGGAGAAGAUCGCCCUGAACUUGGAGGGCUGUGCCCUCAGCCAGGGCAGUCUCGGGGCGGAGACCCAGGAAGUGGGCAGCCAAGCCCCGGAGGAAGCCGAGCAGCCCUGCCCCCAGCCCCUGGAGGCCAAGGUGGCGGAUGAGGGUGCCCAGUGGCUGAAGAGGGUGAAAAUGGGGUCAAAGAAGAAGCAGGUGGCCAGGCAGGGCCGGAUCAGGGUGCCCCCGGGAGCCCAGCCACUGCAGGACCCGAGGUGGAUGAGAGGGCUGAGAGGGCAGAGCCCACGGAGGCAGGGCCCUCUGUCCAGCCCGGAGAGCCUUAGGGAAGGGGACGCCCGGGGCCCUGCCCUGCCCUGCCGCAGGCCUGGGAGCCAUGUCGCCAGCUGUUCUCAGCGCCCAGCUCUGUGGGCCUCUCCCUGCUGGUCACUGCAGCCACUACUGCAACUGCUGGAAGGGCAGGUCCCGCCCUUAGGGGAGGCCAGGGCUUCAGCAUCCUUCUUUCCUCGACCUCACUUCCCGCCUCUUUCGUCCUCUGUGCCGCUGCCCGCCCCCCACCUCUGUAACUUGGCUCCUCAUGGCCUGGGGGGUGUGGGAGGGCGGAUCAUUUUCUUAGUCUGGUGCAGAGGCCUUUUCUGAAUAAACUCAUUUGACUUUGA